AUGGCCGACACCCCUGCCCUCCCAACGCGGGACCAUUUCCUCGCCAAUCAAAUCAGCAUUAUACAAAAUUGCAGUAUCUGCCAGGAAGACUUUGACAAUAACAAACACGCGCCCGCCCGCCUCUGCGGCUCAGACAGCUGCAAUCAUGUGUUUGGCGCCAGCUGCUUGACAACGUGGCUCAAGUCUCAAAUGCCCCGUGCAAACACAUGCCCAAUGUGUCGCAAAGAGCUGUUUGUAUCGGAGAACGGCGAGUAUGAUAGCGAAGACAAUUAUGCAGAGUACUUAGACGAUGAGUACGAUCGGUACGACGACGAUGACAUGUAUUCCGAGGCCAGUGACACCGAUGAGGAAGAGAUCGAUUCGGAACUAGGCGAAAGGAUAAUCACGGCUAUAAUGAAUGGCGAGCCUGUCUUGCGCCGCUACGGUGGCGAUACACAUGGUGGAGGACCUACUAACGUGCAGGAAGUGGUCAACAGUGGCCGCGAGGAUGGACGUGCGGAAGACGAGAUUGCGGGCGCACGUCCGACUAACCUGGAGGACGUAAACGCACCGUUGCACGACCGUUUCAACCACGAGCCCGAGCAGAACUCCCGCAACGUCGAGAAGGGUCGCGAGGAUGACGACAGCGAUCCGGUAGCCUGCGGCGAAGAGGUCAGGAAUCGCUUAGCUGAGGACUUAGGUGAAGGUACGAGUUUUGCGCCUAGGAACAGCCCGCUGGUAGGAUCGAUGGAACAUGUCACGCCCGUUCAGGUCAACGUAGUGGCACAGGACGUUAUGGGCAUCGAAUCUGGUAAUACGGUUCUCGAUCUUACCACCAAAGACGGCGGAUCCGAGAAUCUUGGAGAAGUUCGUGACGAAGGCAGACGGUUAGGCGAACCACUGCUUCCCGUGCGCGAGCCAGUAUUUCCUAUGGUAGGCGAUGAGGCCCAGCUGGACCAUGAUGAGGAUUGUCACAGUUUGAGAUGCUGGUCGGAAGCUGCCAACCUUACGUAUAAGCUCUGGAGAGAACUCUACGAGACGUGCGUGGUUUGGGACAGCAUUCACCCGUUCGACUUGGAGAUUGCAAUUCACAAGGCACUGCGACACAGCGAUCCAACGAGGCACGAAAACACAUUCAUCGUGUCGACCGAGUUGCAAAAGGUUCUUGAAGUAGCGCGCGAUAUGAUUCGCCAGCAUUACAAGAACAGGAAGUACACCGAAUUAGACUGCGAAGCCAUGAAGGACUGGUUCCAGAGAAUGAAGACUGCGAUGGGCUGGGAAUUGUGCGGUGAAUACGGAGGGAGCUGUUUGUUCCAGGCCGGCGAUAAGCCUUGUACAGGCCGUUUUGAGAAUGGCUGGUGA